CAUGGAUUCCGGGGGUCUUUACGAAAAACGACCCUUUUUAUCCGCUGUUUAAACCAAAUCUGACCAUCUGUUUCUCUAUCAUCGCCCACGUUUCCUUCCUUCCUUCCUCCCUCCCCAUUCCUUCCCUUCCACGCGCCCCUCCCUCCCAUGGUCCUCAUGGCCGCCGUCGAGAACGACCACCGCCGCGGAGCCAAGGCCACCUCUGCCCAGUCGAAUUCCAUAGGUCCCGCGCCGCGGCCGUCGUCCCGCGCGCGGCUCCACGAUUUCUCCUUCCUCACCCUCAGCUGGGGCACGCACCGCGUGCUCCGCUGCUCCAAGAGCGGCCCCGGCUCGUCGCCCUCUUCCGCGUCUCCGGAGACCCCGUCCCCGGACAAGGAGAGAGCCCACCGACCCGAGGGCGGCGGCUCGCUGCGGCAGCGCCAGCGCUUCGCUCAGCGGCCGUGGAACCUUCGGACCCGCCGCUCCGCCACCGCCGCCCCGACGCGCCAGGCGGGAUCGGACGAGGAGUCUGAGGCCGCGGAGCGCGCGCCUCCGCCGACGGUGGAGGCGAAGAAGCGGGCGCUCUCCAUCGCCUUGUCCAAGCAGGAGAUCGCAGAGGACUUCGCGGCGAUUCGCGGGACGCGGCCCCCGCGCCGGCCCAAGAAGCGCCCGCGCACGGUGCAGCGGCAGCUCGACUUGCUGUACCCGGGAUUGUGCCUAGCAGAUGUGGCGCCCGGCUCCUACAUGAUUGAAGAGGUAAAAUAGUGUUUCGAUUUGGUCGUGUUUUAAAAGUUGUUUUCUUUGGUUUGGCUCUUGAGGUGCAAAUUUUGUGUUCCUGCAGAGGUGAUUGUUGCUUUGGUGGAGCUUCCGAUGGACGGGUUUCCAGACGUUGUGAUUUUCUUCUUCUUCUUUUUGUAUAAAUCUUAUUCUGAUAGCUAACGCGUCUGUCUCAUAAGUGUUUUGUUUUCGGUGGGUUGGAGGAAGUUGGGGUGGAAUUUCCUGUGAUUAUGUACUGCGGCGUCCUCAAUUUGAUUUUUAGACAUGUAGGAUUGUUUGUGUAAAGUAUUCUGAUCACUAGGUGGGAUGGAUGUCUUGUCCUGGCGCCCUGCAGUGUACAUGGUUUAAUAUAUGAAGCAGUUUUAUUUAGGUGUUCA